AAAUAGCGAUGUUAAAUCAAACAGCAUAGUCAUUGGUCACCAUUUAGUACUCGUCUAAGGAAAGUGGAAAAGCUUGUGUAUUAUAGAAGAUGGAGUUUCCAGACUUAGGCCAAAAUUGCCAUGAGAAAACUUGUAAACAACUGGAUUUCCUACCCAUGAAAUGUGAUGCUUGUUCUCAGAUAUUUUGCAGAGACCACAUACACUACAACACACACAACUGUCCAGAAUCAUACAAAAAGGAUAACCAAGUACCUGUUUGUCCAUUAUGUAACACUCCAAUCCCUGUGAAGAAGGGGGAGAUGCCAGAUGUGGUAGUAGGCCAACAUAUAGACCGAGAUUGUCAAUCUGAUCCCGCCCGCAAGAGGAGAAAGGUAUACACUAACAAAUGCUCAUACAAAGGCUGCAAACAGAAAGAGUUGGUUCCAGUUUUAUGUGAAAAAUGUCAACAGAACUUUUGUCUGAAGCAUCGCUUUGAGUCGGAUCACAACUGUAAAGGAUUCCAGGACACGGGGAGGGGGAUGUCUAGGACGGGUGCUGCGGCUAUAUUUAGAAAUAUGCAGUCUUCCAGUAAGCCGACGACAAGUGGUGCUAGUAAACCGAUGACAAAACCUCAGACCACAUCCUUAUCACAACUGGGCAGGGAACUAGACAGUGAGAGAAGACAGAGGCAAGCCGCAACAGCUCAGUCUGUUCAGGGGGGAAUGACAGAAGAUGAGGCAUUAGCACAGGCAAUUCAACAGUCUUUGGCCAAUUCAUCUCAGCCACAGCCACCCUCAAAACCACUAACACAGCAGGAGAAAGAGGACCUACUUUUAGCUCAGGCCAUAGCAGCUAGUCAGGAAGAGAACCAGCGAGAGCAAAGGAGAAGGAUGCUGUUGGCAGCAAGAUAGAAAACAGGUUAGAAUUCAGCCUUGUCUGUUUUCUAUUGUAGCAAGAAGCCGCUCAGCGUAGAGAAGCAAAUAAAACAUCAUGUCAGCUAUCUUGACGACUACAACAUUUUAUUCAGGAAAACUGUGUUCUCUUUUUAUUAUGAUUGUUAACAUAUUUAAUAUUUUAUAUUAUAUUAUUUUAUUGUAAUAUUUAGGUGGUCAUCUUGAAUAGAAAUUGUGAAAGUAUUCUUGUAUUUUAAAAAUGCAUACUUUUUAUUAUGGUAAGCUAUUAUUGCACUAGUGUGAAGAAUAAUAAUUUUUAAAGAUACAUGUACAUACAUGUACCAAAAACAAUUUUCUUAUCUUGCACACGGAAGAAUUUAUACAUGGCAUUUUUUUAUAUUUCAUUCAUCUUAAAUCCAUUAAAUUAGGAAAUUUUAGUGGUGUAAGAAAUAGAGACUUGAAUAUGUUCCCAGAAACUUUACAGUUAAAAAAAACUUCAUGUAUUCCUAAAACUUCUCAUAAAUUAUUGACUGUAAAGUUACAUUUACCCACUUUUCAGCAAAUUAUUUGGCUUCAUCAAACAGAGAGUUGUUUAACCAACCAGAUACAUGUAUCACUUCUUUAGUGAGAGGGGCACCUACAUGUAUUUAAGCGCAGACAUUUGAAUUUUGGAAGAAAAAAAUUGUUAUAUUUAUCCUCUGGGAUUUACAUGUAUCUUCUCCAUUAUUUUUUACGCUUAUGCAAAUGGUUAUCAGACAUUGUUGCAUUAGCAUCAAAGGUUUUUAAUCCACUUUUUUUGUUAAAAAGGCAAGAUGACAGAAUUAUAUUUAUUAAGAGUCUUCAUUUUCAUGAGCCUUUGCAUUAUUAACAGAUCAAUUUCAACCUGAAGGUGGUGAUUUCAAGUUUUUCUUUGUUUUGUAUUUUUAAAAAGAUCAGCAAGAUAUGAGCUUAAUAUAGUAUGUGUUAUAUUAACACAAAGGUGGAAAUUAUAGUUCAUAAACAUUACUAUGAUUGGUUUUGAUUAAAAAAAUGUCAGUAUAUUGACUUAUCAAAAUAUUGUAUUGUACGCCUUCUAAAAAUUUAUUUCAAUUUUUUGUCCUAUUUCAAUACCUAAUAUACAUUUUAAUUGUUGAAUACAUCUGGGUUAAGAGCUAUGUAUGU